AUGCUACUUUGGUUGGCGUUGCUGAACGUGAUCACUGAAGUUUUUAUGGAUGGUUUUGUUGAAGAAGUUGCUUGCUCAUCAGAAAGUUUGACAGUGAUGCUGAAUAAAUCUGAUCCAGAUAUUGCGCGUUGGAUGAGUGAUUCAAGGGCACAGCCGGUCGUGUAUGUUUACGGUCACAAAACGCUUGUUCCUUGCGGAACAUCGCUGAAAAAUGAUAGAGGACAGCAGAACUACAAACUCUCCAUUCCCUAUGGUAAACACUGUGACGUUCAUCUAACAGAUUUGGAACCAAACUACCGCACAGCGGAAACAACGAUAGCCCUUGAAGACAAUGUCGAUACUAGCCUGUCGAAGGUCGUACACAUCAAUCACGUGUUCUGCUUAUAUACAAGAAGUGUUCAAACGAUACGAUACAGCGAUGUCUCAGUAGCUCAUGAAGUGUUGGCAUCAACAGGGGGAAAACCAAAGCCGAAGGUUGAGAUGAUGUUUCGAAGUACUGAUGGCAGACCACUGAGAACUGCGAAGUUUGGAGACAUCGUGGAAUUCUAUGUUACACUAACACCAGACAAGGCUUACCACGGGAUUUCGCCGAAGGAAUGCAUGUUCAGUGAUCGAGAAGAUAUGCUUUCUCCGGAUGCACGACAUCUUACUUUUGUACAGAGCAGUUGUCCUGUGCAUGAAAUGUCGGAAAUCAUUGAUCCUUUGGCAAAUGUCAACGAAGAAGUCUACUUCUCAAAAUUCAAGACUUUUCGAUUUGGAAACCAAAGUACGGUGUUUGCUCAGUGCACUGUGCAAGUGUGUCUUGAUGGCUCGGAAUGUGUCCAGAAUUGUUUCAAACGAGUAUCAAAUUCCAAUUUGACAGCGGAGCGACUACGGUUUCGUCACAAGAGAUCUUCUAACGUGCAGUACAGCAAAACAGAUUUGUAUGAGCAAGUGUCUGUGCGCGAGUCGCUAACGAUUCUUGAUGAACAGGAAACAGAAGAAGUGUCGUCAAGGUCCAUUGAACAAUGUCCGACGUCAACAUCGCGUUUCCCUUUGUCGUUUGUGCUGUUUGUAGGAGUGAUCUCAACAAUUUGCAUUGCAUCAGGUAGCACUGCAGUUUACCUGAGUUGCCGACUCCUGAAAAGAAAAAAGAAAGGAUUUGGCGAACAUGAUGACGGUAAUGCACAGAGGAGUAGACAAACUGUAUUCAACACUAUGAAUUUGCGAAAUUUCUGCCGAUAA